GCCCGACCCGCCGGGAACCGGCACCGGGAACCGGGCACUGAGAGCCGGGAACCGGCACCGGGAACAGGGAACCGGCACCGGGAACCGGGCACUGAGAGCCGGGAACAGGCACCAGGAACAGGGAACCGGCACCGGGAACCGGGCACUGAGAGCCGGGAACAGGCACCGGGAACAGGGAACCGGCACCGGGAACAGGGAACCGGCACCGGGAACCGGGCACUGAGAACCGGGAACAGGCACCGGGAACCUGACAUCGGACACCGGGACUGGCACUGGGCAUCGAAGACCGAACACCAGACAUCGUCCCCGGGCACCGGCACCGCCAUCGGCGAUCGGACACCGGUAGCGGCUGCAGGGGCCCGCCGGGCAGGGAGAGGCGCCGGGGGGAGUGGGACCCUCCGCAAGGCCCCGCCCCGUCCAGCCCCGUCCCGCCCCUCCCGUCCCUCCGGGGGCACCGGAGCAUCCCCGGUCCCGGUCCCGGCGCCGCUCUCCCCGAGGCAGGCUGCAGAGAUGGACACCUUCAGCACCAAGAACUUGGCCCUGCAGGCCCAGAAGAAGCUCCUGAGCAAAAUGGCCACCAAGACCAUCGCCAACGCCUUCAUCGAUGACACCAGCAGCGAGAUCCUGGACGAGCUGUACCGGGCCACCAAGGAGUACACCCACAACCGCAAAGAGGCCCAGAAGAUCAUCAAAAACCUCAUCAAGAUCGUGAUGAAGCUGGGAGUUCUCUACCGCAACGGGCAGUUCAGCCCCGAGGAGCUGCUGGUCAUGGAGCGGUUCCGUAAGAAGGUUCACACCCUGGCCAUGACGGCCGUCAGCUUCCACCAGAUAGACUUCACCUUCGACCGCAGGGUCAUGUCCAGCGUGCUCACCGAGUGCCGGGACCUGCUGCACCAGGCUGUCAACGGGCACCUGACGGCCAAGUCCCACUCACGCAUCAACCACGUCUUCAACCACUUUGCGGACUACGAGUUCCUGUCGGCCCUGUACGGCCCGGCCGAGCCCUACCGCACCCACCUCAAGAGGAUCUGCGAAGGGGUCAACAAGAUGCUGGAGGAGGACAACAUCUGAGGGUGGCCCAGGGGGGCUCUUGGCAGCUGGACUCUGCCUCCCGCGAGGCUGAAGAUGCGAUGUCUGCUUUGACCUUCACCGGGCUCGCCAUCCCCUCUUCCUCCUCUGCAGUGCUCACUCGUGUUCUCCUCGUUUCUUCAAGAGACUGAACCUCUUGACUUUGUCUCCCCCCUGGCCAGGGUCUGCAAACCCCUCCCUGCGCUCUCCAGGGGAUCCUGGCCCCUCUGUACAGUUUGAUUUCCUUUGCCCACCAAGUGCCUUUAGCUCAGGGUCCAAGGCUUUGGACUCUUUGCCUUGAACUCUGCUGUAACCUCUGGGGGGAAACCAAACCAAAGAUUCAUGGUGUGAAGCACCUCUGAGGUGUCUCUGAGCAGCUGGGACGUUGUUGGGGUGAAAAUUGUGACUCCUUAACUGGAGGGUUGUGGAACUCUGUGGAUUUAUCCCAGGAGCUCCACAACGUGAUGGGAGCAAAUCAUGGUCCAGACUUGUGCUGCCUCAGGCAGGAAGGUGUUUCUGCGUGGGCUUCAGUGUCCUCAAAGACAAGUCCUGAGACCAGGAGGAUCCCUCCUCACCUGGGGGAGGCUGGGGGGAGCUGCUCCUUCCCUGGAUCCCAGGAACCACCCAACACCCAACUCCCAGCAGCCUCCAGCAGCGGUGCCUCCUGGCACUCCAGCGCUGUCUUUGGUGGUGAUCCAAAUCUCCCCUGGGAUUUCAUCCCUUUUCCAUGCCCCUGACUGAGUGAUGUUCGUUUUUAGCAAACUCUGUAGCCCUGAUGAGUUAUUUAAAUAAACUCACCUGUGUGGCCUGGGA